AUGGUAUUUCUCAACCUAGUACUCCGUAGCAUAUGCUCAAAAGAGAAGACCAAAGUCCCGAGACGACCCGAGCCAGCACAUGACAUCAUCCAGGAACUGCCGCCCAAGCUAACUCCAACUCUUCCAACUUCUUCCAUUCCACCUGUCUCUAUCACCACAACACCUUCAAUUACGAAUAUCUAA